AUGAAGAAGGACAUGAUUACAGAGAUCUUGGCAUAUGAAAAGGACGACCGGGGAUAUGUCCUGGAUGUCCUAAAGGACAAAACGUUUAAAGCCAUUUUGAGCAAAAAUGAAAAUAAAAUAUGCUUCGACUGCGGUAAUAAAAAUCCCAAAUGGCUGUCCUUGACGUAUGCGAUAUUUAUUUGCCUGAACUGUUCAGGUAAACAUAGGCAAUUGGGGACGCACAUAUCGUUUGUGCGAUCAACAGGAAUGGAUAAGUUUACGGCAAAGCAGUUGGUUAGGAUGUGUUUGGGAGGAAAUUUAAAGGCAAGUGAAUUUUUAAAAAUGAACAAGGACAGUAGCAUGAUUGAUUAUUCAUCGCAUGCGUGUUUGAAAUAUAAAAUGUAUUUGGACGGCCAGUUGGAGGAGGCAUUGUUAACGCAUGGCAGUGAGGGAAAGGACCGCAAUGAUGGGGCGGAUCCGCAUGGUGGCAAUGUCAGCCAGAUGAAUAGCUUGUCCGGAGCGAAGCCUCUAAUCGACUUGGUUAGCGACGACGCGAGGAAGAUAGAGGGUCCAAAUGAGCUCCCCGGGGGGGAGGCGAGCGGGGCUGGCGGUCAGGUUAGCGGCCCUAUCAGUGGUGGCAGUCCCAGUGGCCGUAUCAGCGGUGGCAGUCCCAGUGGCCGCAUCUGCGGUGGCAGCCCCAGCGGAAACCUCGCGCCGACCCACCUGAUCGAAGAAAAAAUGAUGUACAACACGUGCAACAAAAAUUUCAAGGCCAAAAAAAUUGACAUCAACUUUGAUGACACGAUCUUUGAGCACAGCGGGAAGGGGAAUGUGAGGGACGGGAGGAGCGCUCACCCCGGUGUUAGCAACCAGGCGUUCAGCAUGCAUGGAGGAAGUGGCGCUGCUGGGUAUGGCGGUGUGCAAAGUCUCGUCAAGAACGAGAGCGCAGUGGGGGGAUAUGACGUCAGAUAUGCUUCCGGAGUGGAUUCAUUUUACGCAGGCGGUCGCGCCAUUGGAGGAAAUAACCCCAUGGGUAGUAGCAGCAUGAAUGGGGGCAGCAUCAACGGAGGCGGCAUGAACGGAAGCAGCAUGAAUGCAAGCAGCCACUUCAAUUCAACAGGCGAUUCCAAGCUAAACAAAUUUAAAGACUGCAAGAGCAUACGGUCGGAUCAGUACUUCUACGAUGAGAGGCACCAAAACGACGACGACGUGAUACGAAAUGUACACAUAACGAAUAGCAUUUCGUCUGACCAGUAUUUUAAUAGAAAUGUUAAUAACAGGAAGGGGGUGUGGAAUUUGGAUGAACAGACGAUUCAGAAUUUGCAGGGCUUGAAGGUGACUGCCCGGGAGGGCCUCUCCAAUAUCGUUGCGGCUGGUAAUGAGGUGUUUCUGAAGGCCAAGGAAUGGUUUAACAAUUAG